AUGAAGGUCACCGCUAUCCUCUUCUUCGCCGCGGCGCUGGGGUCUGCAAGCCCCGUAGGAACGCGCAGCCACUCGAUGCAAGCCCGGGCCGGGCAAUGCGACUGCUCCAAGCCCUUCCGCGCCGGGAACCGCUUUGACGACGCGUGCCCGGCCGGCUACAAGGACAUAUCGAGAAACUUCUUCACCAUCUCCUGCGUGCAGGCCGGCUGCUCCGAGGACGAAUUCGAAGCCCAGUGCAACGCCGGCGAGCCCGCCUCCGCGCCUCCGGCCGUGGUGGAGCAGCCGGCGCAGGAGGAGGAGGAGGAGGAGGAGGAGGAGGAGACGCCGGCAACCCUCCCGGGCGGCGCGCAGGGGGCCGGGCAAUGCGACUGCUCCAAGCCCUUCCGCGCCGGGAGCCGCUUUGACGACGCGUGCCCGGCCGGCUACAAGGACAUAUCGAGAAACUUCUUCACCAUCUCCUGCGCGCAGGCUGGCUGCUCCGAGAGCGACUUUGAAGCUCAGUGCGGUGCCGAUCAGCCUAGGCCGGCGCCCGCCCCCGCGCCCCCGGCAGUGGUGGCGGAGCAGCCUACGGGGAAGACGCCGGCAGCGCCCCCGGGCGCGCAGAGCGCGUGCGACUGCUCCAAGUCCUUCUUCGCCAAAGCUGAUCCUGUCGACAAUACCUGCCCGGCUGCCUACAAGGACAUCUCAAAGUCCUCCUUUUCGGUCAGCUGUGCGCAGGUCGGGUGCUCCAAGGGCGACUUCGAGGCUCAGUGCGGAGUCAGGCCGUAA